AUGAGCUCGGUCCCGCCAAACGGGCCGCCCGGUCGAGUACCUCCAGCUGGUCGUGCUGGGCCUUUUAUCAAGGUUCGCCGUCCAAAACCCGCAGACCCGCUAGUGCGUCCAAAAAAGAGACCGAUUCCACGCUCUCAAGGUCUGGCGCCGGGUGGUGCCCCUGUUGCCAAUGGACAACCACGCCCUUCGCCACAACUUCCUCCGAAACCUCAAUCAAAUACCUCCACCCCGAAGCCUCCUCCCAUCCCUAGUGCAGAUGAUAUGACUGUGAAUGGCUUCAGCGGGCCCCUCCUUUGUCAGAAUUACGUCGAUUUUGCAUUGGUCACUACCAAACGUGCUAUGAAGGAGGGCUUAAAACACCAUGUCGCCAAAUUCUUGUCGAAAAAGAAUAUUGAUCCCAGAGACGAAUCGCAGUUUACACGUCCAGUCCGACUCCAACGUCGUGACCCGAGAGCUACCACUGAGCCACCGCCGAUCGAAAGACAACAGAACGCGCAGAAGGGACGAGAAGGAAAUCUAACUGAGGCCGAACGAGAAGCGUUAGAGGCCAAGAAGGCUGCUAGAGCCAAAGAACGCGAAGAGAAUCUGGCACAAAUUGCCCCUUCAGCUUCUGGUGGCCCUAAACGCACAAACGUCCCGAAACAGCGCAUCCAGCAGGUGUUUAAAUCGGAGAUGACACCCGAGGAGAUCGCGAAAGCUCGCGUAAAAUACGAAGAAGCGCUCCCUUGGCACUUAGAAGACUUCGAUAAUAAGAAUACCUGGGUUGGUAAAUACGAGGCCGCCAUGUCUGAGACCUACGCGAUGUUUGUUCUAGAGCAGAAUGGCAAGCUGCGGCUGGUUCCAAUAGACAAGUGGUAUAAAUUUAGUGGGAAAAAUCCGUUCAAAGCUCUUACCAUUGAAGAAGCUGAAAAAUACAUGUCCAAGAAAAUUAAAGAUCCACGGUGGUUCAUGGAAAAGGAGCAGGAGCGAAAGCAAGAGCGGGAAUUAGCAGACUUUGCGAAACAACGUAAAGUUUAUACGGGAAGAGUGGUGUCUUCUGGUGUUGGAGAAGGUGGCGAAGGCGAUGAUAUGGACUUUGAGGAGGACAGAUUUGCUGAUGAUGAAGAACAUGUUGUGGUGGAAGAAGAUGAGGAAGCCAAGCUGGCGGAGAAGCGUAUCAAAAAAGACCAAUUAAAGGCUAACGUAUUCAAUUUAAGGGAUGAAAGGGAUUAUGAGGCCGAGGAGAAUCAGGAGCGAAGAGAGAAAGAGGCGCUUAAGGAGUUUGGAAAGAAGGUUCGGAAAGCCCUCCAGCGGCGCGAAAAGAACUAUGACUAUAGUAGCGGGUCUGAUGCCAAUCCCUGGUCUGAAGAUGAGAAUACGGACGAGUCUGAAGCCGAACGAAUUAGAGCGGAGGAGGAGAAGAAGGAAGGAGAAAAAUCAUCUGCGCCCCAGACAAAGGGUACAAGUACACCAUCUGAUCGGGGAAAAUUCACAGAUGCGUUGAAAAAGGGUCCCACGCAGCAAAUGAAGAAACGCCCCGGUUCACCAAACGUUUCCGACGCCAGCGGCACGGAUACUCCACGCAAGAAAGCCAAGAACAAACACAUCGCCCAGCCAUUGUCUACAACAGGCUCCAAACCUGGUUCGAGACCCAUGUCUCCUGCACCGUCGACCACUACUUCCGCUACUCAACGAAAACAGGAUGCCACAAAACCAGCUGGGAAGAAACGCAUGCGGAGUGGAACCGGCGGUGCGGGCUCUGGUAGUGACGCAGAGCGAGGCGCCGCCUCCGGUGCAGAAGUGAGCGACAGCGCAGUAGCAAAGAAACUGAAAAUCAAUCCUCCCGGCGUGUCUUCGAAGAGGGGCACUCCAGCCGGUUCCCGCGCCGGUAGUCCUCCUGUCCGCCCAUCUACCCCCGCAACAGCCACAACUGCAGCCCCAGUCGGAUCCUUCCCCACGCACGCCGAGGUCCACGCUGCCAUUCCUCCUACCGGUAUUUCAUCCGGUGAUCUGCUCAAACUCUUCCGUCACCGUCUAGGCGAUAUGAAAACCAACUAUCCGAAAUUCAUCGCCAUCGUCAAAGAGGUCGGCGUGUUCGCUAAGGAGGAUAAAUUACUGAGACCAGCGCCCAAUUUCAAACCUUCUGGUUCUUGA